CCCGCAUGACGAUCCCGCAGUACCGGCGGUCGUGUGGGGAGAUUUCUCUGGGUAUAGAUAGCUACUGCUGCCGCGUAUACAUUUAGCCCAUUGUCCUUGCUGUAUGUGAAGAUUGGGAACGCCCACCGCAUUGUUCUUUUUUCCUUGAAGUACUUCACCAAAACGGAGACGAACUACUCACUCGAUACAACAACGCACCGUAAUCUUUUCACCAGGUCUUGAAUAUUGAGUUUGCCUGGAAAGGGAUUUUCGGGUUGACGGGAUGAUCUCGACAGUUCUGCCAUUGCUGUCGAAUCAGUUACUCGAACACACGCUUCGUUCCGUCCUUGUCUUCCUCAUUGGUAUCCCUGUUACCUACGUUCUUGUCAAUGAGUUCGUACGCCGUUCUCUACGGGUGAAGGGGUUCGAUGGACCGACGAAUUGGCCGCUUGUUGGCAAUAUCCCGGAUAUCAAGUAUAAUGCCGCCGAAAAGUACCGCGAAUGGAGCAAGAUCUUCGGGGAUGUUUACCAAAUACAGCUGGGUAAUGUACCUGUCCUUGUGGUGAAUAGUGCAGAGUCUGCAAGGAAGAUAUUCGGGCAGAAUAGCCAAGCGUUGAGCUCAAGGCCAGUAUUUUGGACUUUCCACAAGGUGCUAUCAAACACUGCCGGAACGACGAUCGGAACAUCGCCAUUCAAUGAAUCUUUGAAAAGGAGGCGCAAGGGAGCUGCCUCUGCUCUAAACAAGCCGUCAAUUGCGACGUACAUCGGUCACAUCGAUGUCGAGACCAAGGACUUCGUUAAAGAAGGGUUCGUGAACGGCAAAGCUGGAGUGGUUGGCGUAGACCCUAUGCCCAUGAUACAGCGCCUUUCGCUCUCCUUGUCGCUCACACUGAAUUGGGGCACGCGAAUGGAAAGCCGCGAUGAUCCCAUGUUCCACGAGAUCACCGAAGUAGAGGAGGCAAUAUCGCUAUUUCGAAGCACGACCGGAAAUCUCCAGGACUACAUUCCGCUCCUCAGAUUGAACCCGUUCAGCGCCGGAUCCGUGAUGGCACGCGACAUGAGACGGAGGCGGGAUGUGUACUUGACCAAACUGAACAAAGACUUGGAUGAUCGCAUGGAGAAGGGUACUCAUAAGCCUUGCAUUCAAGCGAAUGUAAUACAGGACAAGAGUGCCGCAUUAAACAAGGAGGAGUUGACAUCAAUCAGCUUGACGAUGCUCUCGGGAGGUCUUGACACCAUUACCACGCUGGUGCAAUGGAGUGUUGCAUUGCUUGCACAGCGACCAGACAUCCAGCGGAAGGCGGUUGAGGAGAUUGGCAGGUUUUACUCGCACGAAGAGCCUUUGUGCGAUGCAUACGACGACCAAAAGUGCGAGUACAUUGUGGCUUUGGUGAGGGAGUGUUUGCGCUAUUACUGCGUUCUUAGACUGGCGCUCCCCCGAGCCACAGUCAAGGACAUCGUAUACGAAGGGAAAUUGAUUCCGGCUGGUAGCACCAUCUACCUGAACGCAUGGGCAUGCAACAUGGAUCCCAAGGUGUGGCGCGACCCUGAGGUGUUCCGACCUGAGCGGUGGCUUGAACAACCUGAUGCACCGCUUUUCACAUAUGGUCUUGGUUAUAGAAUGUGUGCUGGAAGCCUGCUGGCUAAUCGGGAGCUGUAUUUGACAUUCAUGAGGAUGCUGAACAGUUUUGAGAUCUUGCCGGUCACUCAGGUUGAUACGCAUCCCGUGAGGGGAAGCGCGGACCCGUGCAGCUUGGUGACGAUGUGCAAGCACUACGAGGUUAUUUUCAAGCCGCGCAACGAGGCCGCACUGAGGAAAAGCCUCGAGGACGCUGAACGGCGGCUGGCGGAGACAGCAUAGAUACUGGGUGUUUGCAAUUUGAAUUUGAG